GUUCACAGUGUUUUGAAGAGGUGGCUAUUAUUCAUUUGUUUGUUUUUCCAUUGUUAGUAGUUGUGUAAAUAUAGAGAAUAUAUGAAAACAAUCUAUUUUUUAAACUUGUUAAUUUUAUAAAAUCCUUCACCAAAGAGGUGUUUCAAUUUUGAUCUCGUGCAAUUUGUCUUUUUUAGAAACCUCGGACGCAAACCACUGGCUUAUUCAGUCGAGGUCGGUUUUUUUGUAAUCAAAGGGACUUUUACUUUGAAAAGACACUCCAGGACAGUUGCUGUGGUCAGCUUGACGCUCCUGUCUCUCGUUCUUGGAGCGGACUUCUGUUGGCCGCACCGCGCAGUGAGCAUGUGAUGGUGAGGUGUUGACUGGUCACCGGGAAUCGGGGGAGACUCCACGGUUGUUUUGAACAUGUCGGACCGAGACUGCGGGUACCGGAGAAAGAUCUCUACAGACGGCCAGCAGCACCGGCAGGUGGCAGAGAAAUCCAACCGACACAGCAGAAGAGUGCGUGGUUUCGCCAGAGAUUCUUCAAGUCUGAGGAGAACUGUGUCAACGUGUGAGGAAAACGUCCCAACAGCUCUGCCGCUGCUGCUCGAUGUGGUCGGGGGUCCGGAGCGUCUUCCUGCAGACGAGGAGUUGCAGGAAAUGCUGAGAGGGAAACUGCGCAUUCUGCAAACUGACGGCACCGAGGUCAACGCUCUGUUCGCGGAGCUGUCUACUCAUCUCAUCUCCAUCAACAGUGAAGACAAAGUUAUUUUUGUGACAUUCAAAACAUUUGAGGAAAUAUGGAAGUUCACCACAUAUUACACAAUAGGUUUCCUGGGUCAGUGCAUGGAGAAUCUGUUGUGGGACCAGAAGUUUUGGCUCAGCUCUUUGGAGGAGGACAUCGCAAUCGAGGUUUCCAUUCAGGAGGACACUCUCAACCUGAUCUACAAAGGCAUUCUCAUGCAGGAAGGUUCAUUGUUUGCUAGUUGUAGUACCAACCAGAUGUUUGACAGCUCCACCUCUGGAGGUGACCUGUACCUGGAACAGGGAGACAUAGCCCAGUUUGAGCCUCCCUUCCUGGGCUCAGGGUGGACCGUCCUCUGCCUGGCCGAUGGAGCCCGAGGCACUGCACCCAAACCUGGUCUAGAGCCGGUUGUCCCUUUUCAUCAAUGGUUUCUCAAAUCCUGUGCAGAGAGCAUUUUAGUUGGUGAUGGCAAACCCUCCUGUGGAUUCCCUCUGCAGUUUGCCAGAGGAACCUGUCUGGUCACAGUGGAGUAUGAUGCUGAGGGCCCAGAUGAGCUCAGCGUGGCACCCGGUGAUCGCAUCAUCAUCGUGGGACUUCUGGUAUCUUGUUUUGAUUGGUUCACAGGGAGGAAGGAGGCGACAGGAGCAGUGGGUCUCGUCAAGACAAGCCUGGUGAAACCGUCCGCUGACAGUUAUGACUCAGCAGAUAUUUAUUUGGACGGAGAGGAAGGGACAUUCAUCAGUCUGCAAGAGGACAAAGUCAUAGAGGAAACAAAUGCCUUAUUGAAGAAGAAAUCUCAAAAUGAUAUUGGUCUAAACUACAAACUUGAUAUGAUCAGUUACCAAGACUCUGAGAAAGAAACAUCACUCAGCUCUUCAAGCAAAGUUGAACCUCAGCAGACUGACUUGAAGAGAAAUAUUCAGAGGUUUCUUGAUCAAGGAAAAGACGCAUUGCCACCUUCCAUACGGACCGUGAAUGGGUCUCUAGAGGACUCUGUCCUGGCUUCAGAAGCAAAAAGUCCUCCCUGUUUCAUUGUUCACCCGGUUGUAGAAGGAGAAAACAACACUGAAAUCUUCACUGUGCUUUUCUCUUUCUUGGAGGGACAAGACUACAAAAUAGAGUUUGGCACCCUGUAUGGAUUGAGUUCUGAACUCCUGGCCUCCUCCGCCUUCACCGGUCACUCGGACGAGGACGAGCUGAUUGCCUUCCUGGGUGUUGCCAGGGAAACAGCCAGGAAGAAGCGACUCUUUUGGUCACAAUCUCGUUUGUGCUUUCUGCUGGGUAAGCUCUGUGCUGGAAGGUCAAAGUUCAGCCAGGCCCGGGUCUACUUUGAAGAAGCCCUCAGCGUGCCACGAGAAGGCUUCGUGGACCUCAGGCUGUUGGCCAGCAUCUACUCCAACCUGGUCACCAUAUACCUUUUGCAGAAAAAUACAGAAAGUUUCUUUGCUCUCACAGAGCGACUUGUUGCCUUGCUAUUGGGCAUCCCAGACUGCCUGGAAUGCUUAGAGGACAACUCUGCUCUUAAAUACAUCCUCAAGAAAGCUGUUCUGUCCCACAACGAGAUGGCAGAGGCCCAGGCUUGUCAUCUAUUGGCGAAGCACCACUGGACUCGUGCUGAAGGAGUACGAGCUGUUCCUUAUCUUGAGAGACUGCUUGUUCUUUGCGCUGAAGCUCAAAGAACAUGGGGCCUCUCUCCCAGUCAUGAAUACCUCGCCCUGGGAAGGCUCUACACUGAACUCCAACUUCCCCACCUCAGUGUCAGUUCAGCCAGGAGAGCUUCUCAGCAGCCCUCUGCCACACUGACGGACUGCCUUAGCAGCAUGGUUCUAUUUUUGGACAAUGUCAACAGACUGAAUGGGAUCGCAGAACAGGAAGCCACUAUCCCACCUCAAGUGGCUCCCUAUUUACACCAAGCCCUCUCUUCUAACAAAGCUCAAGGAGGAGCAACUGAUCAGCACCAUGUUUUGAGCCACCAGCUUACUGUUUGUCUCUGCCAACUCUUUUGCAAGCACAGAAUGGUUGGACGCGCUAUCGGCCACAUGCAUACUCUCAUCGACAGCAAUCCACCCUCGCAGAGACCCCCCAUCUCAGUCCCAGAGAGAAACGGUACCCUCAUCUGGCUGGCAUGGCUUCACAUUGACAACAAGCAGCCGGAUGUUGCUUUGGAUAUCCUGGACUCAGUCCUCGCCUCCAUGCCAGAACACUGCACUACCCCUCAGGAAGGUGUGGUCCUCAACAUGCGUGGCGUGGCAUUUCGGUGCAUGGGUGACCUCCGGAGGGCGGCAGAGAGCUACCAGGCUGCUGCGGACAUCUGCCAAGAGUAUGAGGACAUACCGAACUGGGCUGAAGCUCAGGCUAACCUGGGGCUGUUAUGUCUAAAGGCUGGAGCUAAAGGACUGGCGCAGAGACACCUGACUGAGGCCGUGCAGCUCUUCUCUGAGCUGGACGAAGAAGGUCACGAGGCGAACUUCAUCACAGUGCUGCUGGAGCUGGGUCAGCACUAUGUGAAGCAGCACCAGCUGGACUUUGGGAAAGGAUGCUACGAAUGGGCUAUGCUGCUGGCCAUCAAUGCCAACCUGUUAGACUGCCAGCUCACUGCAACCAGACACCUGUGCCAUCUGUAUGGGUGUGAGAGUCCAGACCAGGCCCAGUGUAUCAUCUACAGCCAGCACCAGGUCCAGCUGCUGAGACACACAGGAGACAGAGGACAGGAGGGAGAAGCACUGGUAGCCAUCAGUCAGCUCUAUCUCACUCUGGGCACAGAAAGGGCAUACAGGGCGGCUCUCGACUACACCAAGACCAGUCUGGGUAUUUUCAUCGACCUGGGCUGCAGGGAGAAGGAAGCGUACGGCUGGCUGCAAGCGGGAAAUAUCUACCGCCUGGUGGACCAGACUGAACUUGUGGACCUUUACGUUCAGGUAGCUCAGGAUGUCGCUCUGAGUACAGGAGACACCGGGUUCAUCCUGAAGCUUCUGGAAGCUGCAGGAGACAUUUUCUUCAACAGCAGCCAAGACCGGGACAAGGCUAUCACCUUCUACAGGGACCGUGCUCUGCCCAUCGCAGUGAAGAGCAGCAAUGUACGUUCCAGGCUGAGGUUGUGCAAUAAGUUGACGGAACUGAUGCUCAGUCUCAAGCUUUAUGAGGAAGCUGUGGAGUUUGCUCAGACUGCACUGGACAUCAGUAUCACUCUGGGUGAGUAUCUGAAUGAGCGUGUGGCUUACCAUCGUCUAGCCUCUCUGUACCACUGUCUGGACCAGUAUGAACUGGCUGAACACUAUUACCUGAAAACCCUGACCCUCUGUCCAACACCUCUGCUGUUUGACGAGGAAACACUGUACUAUGUUAGGGUGUACCAGACGCUGGGGGACAUCAUAUUCUAUGACCUGAAGGACCCAUUUGAUGCUGCAGGCUACUACCACCUGGCUCUUGCUGCAGCCAUGGAUCUGGGCAACAAGAGGUCUCAGCUUCAGCUGUGCACCCGCCUUGCCACCAUCUACCACAACUUCCUAAUAGACCGGGAGCUCUCUCUCUUCUUUUACCAGAAGGCUCGGGCCUUUGCUGCAGAGCUGAACGUGAGGAGGAUCAAUAUCUCACCGGAUCAGCAGUGUAGCAGCACCCAACAGUACAAGAGCACCGGAUAAUAGGACAUACACUUUGGGAAGCCAAGUAUUUGUUUUACAAGAAAAAAUGUAUUUUUUCUUAGUGCAACAAAAACUUCAGCAGAUGGCUGGAUGAAUGUUUGAAUGGCUGGAUGAAUCUUAUUUUGGUACAGAAAUGUAUGUUUCAUGAGAAGCCUUGUGAAUUAUUAUGCCUUAAGCAUUAAGACUACAGAACUGAUUCAACUGUUCCCAGAAAACCCAUAUUUAAGACUUUACUUUGAAGAGAUAAUUAAGGGACCAGGGUGCCCAAGAUGUCCAAUCAACUCAUCUAUUGCAUUGUGAAACUGUGUGUUCAGAAUUCACGAUUCAACUUUACUCAGGCCUCUGAAUAUUCACAGGGAAAAGAUAAAUGUACUAAACCAGAAAACAGUCACUGUCUUUAAAGAUUGGAUAGAUGUGUCAUUGAUGAUUUCUACUUUUUCAGUUUCUUUUUUGUAAUUCUUUAAACAAGAAAAAGAACUGCUGAUUACAACUGAUCACUCAUAAACAAUAGUACAUCAUCUGCAUAUAAUGACAUCUUAUGUUCUGGUACUUGUCUGAAUUCCCUUUAGCUGGUUAUUUAUUCUAGAGGCUUGACUGAAAGCAAAAAGUAAGAGACAGGACACAACCCUGUUCUGUACUUGACAUGACAACCAUUAGGCAAUAAAAACAGAAAUGCACAGUGUAACUUGACUCAAUCAGUGGAAAUAUUCCCAAAGUAAAUUCUUUCAUCGUUAGUACUCCCACACCAUACAGUCAAAUGCUUCAUGAUUUCUGGUAGUGUCCCUCUUGUAGUGUUGAGUUCAAUGACUACAGUGUUCAAAAGAGGUCUUCAGACAUUUUUGUGACGCCUGUAAUACAUUGAAUAUGCAAACCGUGAGGAGCAGAUUAGUUCAUCAGGGUUUUAUCCGCGUAAUAAAAUGUAAAGUUAAAAUAAGUUAUUACACUUCUCUAAUAUAUAGUUUUAGUAUUUUUUGCUAUUUUGUUUGAUAAGAUUGUUCCUCUUGCCAUUGAAGGAGGAGAAGACAAGUUAAUAAUGGAUAUGGUCUUUUUUUCAGAAAUUUUAUAAGUUACCAGCAGCUGAUUAACAGUGUGUUAUAGUUUUUCUCAUCGAAAGGCCAUCACAAAUGUUCAUAUUAUUCUGAGCUGAAGUUAUGGAAUAAGUCUGUAAGAGCAACAAUGCUGUUUCUUCACUACUGCCUUUGAAUAACAACACAUAGAAUGAUACGUACCUGCUGUGUAUGUUAGUCUGUUUCUGUCUCAGCAUGAACCAUCUGAACAAACAAGUGUCUGCUCUAGGUUGUAGACACAAUUAUAAACGAGCAUAAGAGCAGAUGUGGGUCUACUCUCUUGAAAGAGGACGGCUAAAUCAUUACAGGAUUAUGCAACGCUAAUGACAGACUUACUUAUGAUGACCAUAACUACAAUCUUCACUCAAUUAAUCUGGAAGAAUUUGACAGCUGAACCGCUGAACAUGUUGAUCAACGGCCACAAAUCAGUCGAGGAGUCUGCUGCAGCGUCCGUGUUUGGCCAUGAGACAAUGUGAAGUCACUUUUGUCUGCAGAGGGUAAGCUGGAAAACCGGCAGCAAAAUGGAUUCACAGUCUGCUGUCAUUGGUCAUACUGACCCGACCUUAGUCACCUUAGCGUAAGAUCUGAUUCUAGUCAAAAAAUCGUUCUCCUUCACAAGGUCAUAACUCAGUCAAGCAAGGACACAAAGACAUGAAACAAAAUGGAUAUCAAUCAUGUGACUUACACUUGCCGAGGAUAUCAAUAUAUCUGACCUCCAUAACAUCGUAACAACGUCCAUAAAUCUGCUUAGAAAUCAUAGAAAAAACACUUCAGAACUUGCCCAAGAAUCAUGUAUUUUAAGAAAUAAAUCCAGUCCCAAUUUAUACAUUCUGUAAUGUUUGACAUCAGCAGCCAGCAUGGUGUAGAACUAUAAGCCUUCUCAACCUCUCAAGACUCAAGAAAGUUAUCCAGGCAACAAUCUUUUUUUCCUUCGUCUCAGCAAUAGCCAGGUAAACAGUAGAAAUAUUUCAUGGUUGUCAUGUCUCGUCCUGUUCCUCCAGUUGUUUUACUUUAUUUUGUCAUUUCAGCAUUUCCAUACCUCUCCUCUUGUUUGAGAGCCUUCGCGUCCUGCCUUUGUAUGUUUCCCACCUUUGUGAUUGUCUGCCCUGCUCUUGAUUGGUUCCACUUGUGCCUAAUCAUCCACACCUCCCCAGUGUAUUUAAUCCCUGUGUCCUCCUGUCUCUGUGCCAGUUUGUCUCAGUCCUCUGUGUCAAGCAGUCCAGCGAUUUCCUAGUGUUCAUAUUCCUCUUUUUAUCUGACAUUGUUUUUGACUCAUCCCUACCUGAAUUGCUUGCCUGAUAUUCUGAUGGAUCUCCAGCAUAUUGAACCUGUUUUCAUCAAUAAAGACCGUUUUUUAUCCACCUUAGGUUACAUCCACACUAAUACAUUUCUGUUUAAAACCCAGGUUUUAAAACGAAAACCAUCUUCGUGCACACGGCCAUUUCACCAUCGUUUUACGAAAUGAUUUCCAUCCAUACUAGCACUCCUGACAACCAAUAUCACAUGAUUAUUCACGUACACUGCGCAUGCGGGUGUUGGUGUAAACAGGAAGUAGAUUGGUUGCUUA